UGAGCGAAUAGAUGCUUUUUGGCGGAGCCGCUGGACGCCAGAGAGCACAGAAGACACAAGGUGCACACAAGGUCUUUACCGGUCUAAGAAGCCACCACCAAACCUCCACUCGACGGCAUCGAACAUGGCUUCCAAAUGCCCCAAAUGCGACAAGACCGUCUACUUCGCUGAGAAAGUGUCGUCGCUGGGCAAGGACUGGCACAAGCUGUGUCUCAAAUGUGACCGCUGCAACAAGCUCCUCAACGCCGGCGGACACGCUGAGCAUGACGGAAGGCCCUACUGCCACAAGCCGUGCUACGCCGCCCUCUUUGGGCCAAAAGGUGUGAACAUCGGGGGUGCCGGCUCUUACGUGUACGACACUCCGGCCAACAACAACAACCCGACCACCGGUGUGGACUCGUCGGCCUCCAGAGCGGAGGAGAAGAAGACGUUCACGGCCAAGCCGCCUUCCAAAGCUGGCGGCGUCACCACGUUUUCCGGCGAGGCCAACCUGUGUCCCAGAUGUAACAAGAAGGUAUAUUUCGCCGAGAAAGUGACGUCGCUGGGCAAAGACUGGCAUCGCCCGUGCUUGCGCUGCGAGAGGUGCAGCAAGACUUUGUCCGCUGGCAGCCACGCAGAGCACGACGGCCAGCCGUACUGCCACAAGCCGUGCUACGCCGUGCUCUUCGGGCCCAAAGGCGUCAACACGGGCGGGGUGGGCAGCUACAUCUACGAGCCUGCGCAGUGAUGCCCCUCCCCCCCCAACCCCCCGCAACCCCUUCCUCCUCCCGCACCCCUCCGUCCUCAUCCUCGGCGGCCAUCUUGAUCCACGUCUUGUCCUCCUCGCUUGACCUCUUUAGUUGUCGUCCAAGUUGUCAGCGUUUGCGACAAAUAUGCUAACCGAGCGCUAGGUUUCCUCACGUGCUCCCCCCGGUGGCCGACAUGUGUAAGUGCAAACCACUCAAAACACGUGCAAAGACUCGUUUUUUUUUUUUUUUUUUUUUUUAAGUCGGUUUUAGUCCCAUUUGACCGUUGAAAUAACUGCAAGGUUAUUUAUUAUUCCUGUCAUUUCAUAAGCUGUCUAAGGAUUAGUACUUGGAAUAAUCCUGCUGUUGUUCCGACAAAGUGUUCUGUUAGCUUAGCCGCUAGAGACACACUGCACUACACUAACGACCGUUACUGUAUUUUCUUUAUUAUUAUUAUUAUUAUUAUCAUCAUCUUUGGACAUGUUGGCUGUUGUACCACGGGAACACUUUUAUUAUUAUUAUUAUUGUUGUUAUUGAUAAUAUUCAUAGGAAUAUGUUUCUGUUCUCAACAGGUUGUGAUCUCUUGUGUAUAUACAAUAAAUCAACACUACAAAAGA